CUUAUGAAAAGGGAAUAGCAAUAUAUAAUAAUAGGAAGCUACACUACAUUAUCAAACAAUAAUCAUGCUUAACCAUGGAAGUAAUGAGUUCCCACUCUGCCCUAAACCGCGGCGGCUCGUCUCAACCCACCCCGAGUUCCUCCAACCCCUAAGUUGUAGCAAACACAGCCAAAUGAACAUUGAUGGGAGCAGAAGUGAAGUUCUCAACAUAAUUGGUGACCACCAAAAGAUAAGAGAUGUCACAUAUUCAACAACGUUGUGUUACUCUGGCUCACCACCCGGCCGGACAGAUAACCCAUUGAUUCAUGAUGUGCAAUUUGUUCAUAAUCAAAUGCAACUUUUUUCUCCAUUAACUCGAACUAAACUUUCUAAUAAGCUUGGCUUCACCUCCACCUCCCCUUCCUAAGCUCUCUGGAUCAGGGUAAGUUAGGCUUAGCAUUGUCCAAAAAGUGUUGUGAUGUAAAUACUAUGAUAAUUUUAAAAGUUGGGGCC